CGAGCGUUGUUAGCGUUGUUUCGAGUUGUGAGUUCUUGCGAGUUUCUACCACGAGAAAGCGGUGUAAAUUUCAGUCUCUUUGCGUUGUGUGAUUUUAGGCGAGGAAGGAGGCCAAAAUGGCAAAACCAAAAGGAGAGAAGAAAAGUAAAUCAGCGAUCAAUGAAGUAGUUACCCGCGAAUAUACCAUUAACCUACAUAAAAGACUUCAUGGAGUCGGAUUCAAGAAACGUGCACCACGUGCUGUGAAAGAAAUUCGUAAAUUCGCAAUGAAGCAGAUGGGUACACCCGACGUUCGAGUCGAUACGCGACUUAACAAACAAGUGUGGUCAAAGGGUAUCAGGAAUGUACCUUUUCGUGUGCGAGUUCGUCUGUCCCGGAGAAGAAACGAUGAUGAAGAUUCACCAAACAAGCUGUACACAUUAGUUACCUAUGUUCCAGUGGCAUCUUUUAAGGGAUUACAGACUGAAAAUGUUGAUGCCAGUCAGGAAUAACUGCUGUAUAACUGAUUUCAUACAAUAAAACUGUCCUCUUAAUGCCA